AAUCCACUCCGUUCGCUCAAUCACAUUCAACGUCUCGCGCGGCAGACAUCGGCGCCCUAAAACGACCGUUGGGAUCUGUCGGACCGAAAAUCAGUGUUGCGUUGUACAGAAAACUGGUUUUUGUGCAGUUUCCCCAAAAUAGAAUAGAAAGAAAGUACGUGAUUUUGAUAAAGUGAUUAACCAGUUUACAAUGGCCACCCAAUUCUACAUUGCUAAAACUGACGAGAAUGACGCUGCCCGUUUGCAAGCGAAAAAGAUGAUUAAGGACCCUGGGCAGGGCAAACGCGCUGUCUUGGGCGAGCUAGGUAAUAAGGUUCUUAAGAACAUCGACAUUGUCAAAGGGAAGGACGGAACGCUGCUGAAGCAGGUCGAUCCCGCCUUUAAGCAUGUGAAAGCUCGUGUCGAUAGCCACUGGAAGAAGACCGAGGAAACUAACGUACCGGCUGCAAGUCGUCUACUGAAGAAACCUGUUACCCGUUCAGACUCGUUGAAACAGAAUUCAGCCGCUGCAGCCGCUGUGACUGCAGCACUGAGGCAAGCAAAUGUCAAAUCAACAGCAGCUUUGAAACCAAAAAUUGUUUCCGUCACCAAAGGAGCAGAGGUCAAAAAGGUAAAAAUCGUCAAUCUAAAGCGUGAAGAAAGUCGGCUGACUCGGCGUUCGUUGACCAAACUGAAACAAAUCCGGAAAAAUUCGGAUGCUUCCUCAACGACUUCUUCAGAAGAUGGUUCCAGUGGUGAUGAUGUCAAUGUUUCUGAGAAAAUUGACACUCCUGAUACUCAUUCGCAUAAACUUUUGGAAGGAAUCGAGAACAUUGAUAUCAACGAUGCAUGGAAUCCAAUGUUGGUGUCGGAGUAUGUGAACGACAUUUAUAAAUACCUCAACCGUUUGGAAGAUCAGUAUGCUCUCCAGGAAAACUUCCUGGAGGGAAACAAGCAGAUCAAUCAUAAGAUGCGGACAAUCCUAAUCGAUUGGAUUAAUGAAGUUCACUAUCAAUUUAAAUUAGAAAUUGAUACGUAUCAUAUGACGGUUUCUAUCAUCGAUAGAUAUCUACAGCUAGUCAAGGACACGCAAAAGAAGGAACUGCAGCUCGUCGGUGUAACUGCUAUGUUCAUCGCUUCCAAGUACGAGGAACUGUUCCCACCAGAUAUCAGCGAUUUUGCCUACAUCACUGACGACACUUACAACAAGAAACAAAUUCUGGAAAUGGAAAAACGAAUCUUCAAAGUGUUGGACUUCAACCUCGGCAAACCCUUGCCGACGCACUUUUUGCGGCGUUACUCGAAGGCUGCUCAGGCGGCUGAUCGGAAUCAUCUGGUGGCUAAAUAUAUUACCGAGCUGGCUAGCAUUGAUUAUGGAACUGCACAUUACAAACCAUCGGAGGUUGCUGCUGCUGCUUUGUACAUUUCGUUGAAACUGUUUCCUCUCGCCAACUCGACUGCUGAUUCGAAACUGUGGACCAAAACUCUCGAACACUACACGCAUUAUACGGUCGAGAGUCUUUCGCCGGUUGUGCAGCGGUUAGCCAAGGUGUUGAAGAAUGCUCCGAACCAGAAAGUGCAGGCAGUGUACUCGAAAUAUCAAUCCAGCAAGUUUGAAAAGGUGUCCCUACAACCGGAAAUGCAGAGCUCGAUCCUGGACAAACUGAUAGAGGGUCAACUGUCGCCUUGAGAUCGGCAAAUAGUACCAAGUUUAUUUUUUAUUUAGCUCUUUUGCAGACGACCGACCCGGUCCUCGCGGUGGCAAUUUUAUACUGCAGACACGAUAAUUGUUUUUAUAUAACUUGUAGUGUUAACCUUACUAUCUAAGAUGAUUUUACAAUCUUGCUAAAUUUUCUUUAAGUAUCUGAUUUAGGCAUCGUUUGCCAGCCAACUUAGAAAAAUAUGCGAUCAACUUAGCGGUAAUUAUCGUUUUGAGUAUAUUCUAACGAACUUAAUAAAAAAUGACUGAACAAAUAAAAA